CUCUACAUCCGGUUUUCCGACCCACUGUUAUAUAACAACAACCACCGUCCCCCGGGCCAGUAGCCCUCUCUUCGGGAACUCCUGUGAGACUUUGGCAUGAAAGAAGGCCCUUCGCUUGCAAGAAGAGUGUGACUGGAAGGAUUCUGAAACCAUGGCCUGUACAGCACCGUCGAUGACUAUCGAGUCGUACCCCGAGGGCGUUGCAACAGGAACCUCAACCCCCGGAGAACAGACAGGUCUGCUUCGUGGUCGGAGAAGACGACACUCGUUUCAUUCAGCAAGGAGAUUGUCAUGUGACUAUGACGCCGAUGCCGUCUUUCUGAGGGUCGAGCUCUUCCUGGCAGAGCUGGAACGACGAAUGCACUGGAUCGAGGAAUAUCGCAAAUCGCACAUGAUGCAGGUCGAUGCGAGUCUUAAGAGAGCAUAUGCCACGCUGGAGGCUGUGAGGGACUCGUGUUCGCACGCAUCGGGAGAGCUCAUGGGCGGGGGCAAGAAACGGGCCAAAAUCCUGGUGGAAACGCUCGAGGACCGGUACAAUGACGCCCUGGCAACAAAGGAGACCCUGGAGCAGAAGGCCCAGGCCGGGGUUCGCUUGAUGGAAUCUUUUCUGAGCGAGCUCGAGUCGAGAGCUCAUGCGGUCCGUGGCCGUGGAGUCUACGGAGCGCUGGAUGAUGGCUGGAAGGCAGUUGACUCGACACUCGUGCAUGCUCGCGAGGUGGUGGAUGAGGGCAUGGAGCGUGCUCGGCGGGCCAAGGAGGCUCUGCGUGAGAGUAUUGACCACGCCAUUCAACAGGCGCAGAAGCACCGUCUAAUCGCCUAUGCCGACUUACCCCAUCCGUGGCGGGUCAAUCCGCACAUCCUGCACGGAUACCGGUUCCAUUCCUCCAAGAUUGAGUGUAUGACCUCUGUCUUCACCUUCUCCAAUGAACUGGUAAACAUCUGGUCCCAUUUAAUCGGCCUGUUCAUCGUGCUGUCCAUCGCCUUCUACUUCUACCCGCUCCACACCAACUUCCACGUCAGCACUAAUGCUGACGUGAUGAUUGCGGCCGUCUUCUUCUUCGCCGCCUGCAAGUGUCUGGUCUGCAGCACCCUCUGGCACACCAUGAACAGUAUUGCAUCCCAAACCCUCAUGGAGCGGUUUGCCUGCGUCGACUACACGGGCAUCUCUAUGCUCGUCGCGGCCUCGAUCGUGACCACCGAAUACACUGCCUUCUACUGCGAGCCGCGGUCCCGCUGGAUCUACAUUUUGCUCACCAUGUCUCUCGGUAUCGGUGGCGUCAUUCUUCCCUGGCACCCGACCUUCAACCGACACGAUAUGGCCUGGGCCCGGGUCGCCUUCUACGUCUCUCUUGCGCUGACCGGGUUCGCACCCAUCGCCCAGCUAACCUAUACGCGCGGCUUCGCCUGGUGCAUCUACUUCUACGCCCCCGUCAUGAAGAGCAUUCUGGUCUACUUCAUCGGCGCCCUGAUCUACGCCUCCCAAGUGCCCGAGCGGUGGCGGCCAGGCCUUUUCGACUACGUCGGUGGGAGCCACAACAUCUGGCAUUUCGCUGUCCUGGGCGGCAUCCUCUUCCACUACUGUGCGAUGCAGGAUCUGUUCGCCGGCGCCUUCCAGCGGGCUCAAGGGGAAUGCCCGAAUCUCUCUGCGUGAGCUUUUCCCGCCAAACUCAAAAAAGUGAACCUUCAUCUGGCCAUAUUAGGAAGAGAAAAUGUCCAAGCUUUUUCAUAUUUUAUUUCCAUGUCAAGUUAAUACCUAGAUCCUUUUCUUACCUUACCUCUGCACAGUUAUUGUACACUGAGCCGUGUGUGUUUCAAGUAUUAGAUUUCAUUUAUUCUAAAAGUUAUUGUCUAGACUCGAAUAGACUGUUGCCGGAUCUCGAUCCUAAAUUGUA